AUGCAAGCAGGUAUCUGCCCGGAUAAGCCGUUACCAAAACCACGUUUUGCGACUCUGCGGAAACUGUACGCUCCCAACGCGCCGCCAUCUACUUCUACCUUGCUCGACUCCGGUGCCCUUGUCCUAUACUUUCCUGCGCCGAACACCGUCACCGGAGAAGACGUACUCGAAUUGCACGUGCACGGAGGACCUGCUAUCGUCCGCGCAGUACUUGCUGCUAUACCACAAUGUGCUGGGUCUGCAACCGGCGUCAAGGAAGCUGCCAGUAUUAUUAGGUAUGCCGAGCCUGGCGAAUUUACUCGUCGCGCCUUUGCGAACAACCGCAUGGACCUCCCACAGAUCGAAUCGCUGGGUGAAACUCUGUCUGCUACGACCGAGCAACAGCGCAUGCUUUCCGUGCGCGGGACAACGUCGACACUCGCGGCGCGGUACGAGCAUUGGCGAACACUUUUACUACAGGCGCGUGGAGAGCUAGAGGCUUUGAUUGACUUCUCCGAGGACCAGCACUUCGACGAGUCGCCUGCAACCCUUUGCGCAUCUGUGGCGAGUCAGGUCCAAAGCUUAUCCAUUCUCAUAGAAGCUCAUGUGGCUAAUGCGGUCCGAGGUGAGCUUUUGCGCAGCGGCAUCAGUGUCGCACUUUUGGGGGCGCCGAAUGCGGGGAAGAGCAGCCUGCUCAAUCGCAUUGUUGGCCGCGAAGCUGCAAUAGUCUCCCAAGAGGCGGGGACGACUCGGGAUGUUGUCGAAGUCGGAGUCGAUCUAGGCGGAUGGCUCGUCAAGAUUGGUGACAUGGCUGGCUUGAGAAAGGCUGGUCUGGUGGGCACAGAGGUAGUAGGGGCUAUUGAGCAGGAAGGCAUCAAGCGAGCAAAACAGCGUGCCCUCCAGUCCGAUGUCCUGAUUGUCGUCCAAGACGCCACAGCCGAGAUGGACCCAGAAGUUGCGGAAACCACGAAGCAAUGCGUCAAUCUUAAUGUCAACGUCGUUGUUGCGAUCAACAAGGUCGACAAGUUGGACGACCCACAGCUGGCGAAAGGUUGGAAAACCAAGGUUCAUACUUCCCUCAGAAUUCCUACUGAGCGAAUAUUCUUCGUCUCUUGCUGGGACGCCAAGCAAUCAACUCGUGGAGACCUUAAAGAUCCCGGUCGCAUACAGGUCUUCCUUCACGGCUUGUUGAAUACAUUUGCCGAAAUGACAGCUGCCCUCGUUCCUGAAGCAGAUCCUGAUCCGUCAAUCUGGCAGGAAUCACUGGGUGCAACUGAGCGGCAGCGGGCCUUGCUGUCGGAAUGCCUAUCGCAUCUCGAAUCCUUCCUAGACGCCGUGCAGAAUCCUUCGCAAGAUCAUUCGGAUGAUACAGCAGAAGGUGACGAAGGUUCCGAAUCAGUUGACAUUGUCGUUGCUGCAGAGUCACUCCGUCUAGCUGCGGAUACACUGUCUAGGAUCACUGGACGUGGCGAAGGCGGUGACGUGGAAGAAGUUCUAGGUGUCGUUUUCGAGAAGUAA